UUCUUCAGUGGAAAAGGCUCUCACUGCAAGACCUAAGAAAACACUUUGCAGAUUUCUUCUACUUUCACCGAACAAAGUAAAGUUCUUUCAGUCUUCACUCCGAACUCAAUUUUCUGAUCAGAAGUUUCACUCUAGAUACUUUAUUUCCUUGUUUCCCACGAGCGAAUCAUGUCUGUAAUUGGAGAGGCUGCUUUAUCCGCUUUCUUUGACAAGCUGUUUGACAACUUAACUUCCUGUGAUCUGCUGAAGUUCUUUCAGGAAGAGAGAGUCGAUGCUGACCUCAAGAGGUGGAGGACAACGUUGAUGAAGAUCCGUGCAGUUCUGGAUGACGCAGAAGAGAAGCAGAUGACAAACAGGCUCGUGAAGAUCUGGUUGGAUGAGCUGGAAGACUUGGCCUAUGAUGUGGACGACAUCUUGGACGAGUUUGCUACUGAAGCUUUGGGACGCAAGUUGAACCCUGAACCCAGCACAAGUAAGGUACGGAAGAUCGUUGAUGCUUGUAUUGGUUCGAAUCGAAGUUUUGCUACCUCAAUGCGGUCCAAGAUUGAAGAGAUUGAUACAAGACUGCAAAAUAUAGUGACUGAUAAGAAAGAUCUGGAGUUGAGAGAAAACACUGGGGGAACUACUAGAACAACAAGAUCAAGGUUGCCCACAACUUCUUUGGUGAAUGAAGGUCGUGUUUACGGCAGGGAAGAAGAUAAAAAGGCUAUUGUCAAGUUGUUGCUGAGUGGUGAAUCAAGUGAUGCUCAACUUUCUGUGAUUCCCAUACUUGGUAUGGGAGGGUUGGGUAAGACGACUCUUGCCCAGCUAGUCUACAAUGAUGAUGAGGUGAGCCAUUAUUUUGAUUUGAAAGCAUGGGUUUGUGUUUCUGAAGAUUUUGACAUUGUAAGGGUGACAAGAGAAAUUCUACAAUCUUUCACUUCUGAAUCCUGCAACGAUAAUAAUUUAGAGUUACUACAAGUCAAAUUGAAGGGGAAAUUAUCAGGCAAAAAGUUCUUACUCGUUUUGGAUGAUGUAUGGAAUGAAAACUAUGAUGAUUGGACUAGACUGCGUUGUCCAUUUGAAUUUGGGGCUCCAGGGAGUAAGAUUAUCGUCACAACUCGGAAUGAUCGUGUUUCAUCAAUAAUGGGCAAUACUCAAGCUUACAAGUUGAACAAGUUGUCAGAUGAUGCUUGCUUGGUUGUAUUUAUCCAAAACAUAUUGGGGACAGCAGAUUUUAGCGCAUAUCCAGAACUUCAAGAAUUUGGUCCUAAAAUUUUGGAAAGGUGUCAGGGAUUGCCUUUGGCAGCAAAAGCUCUUGGAGGCCUAUUACGUACUAUACAUUGUGAUGAGUGGAAAAAUGUGCUCAAUAACAAGGUAUGGGAUAUGUCAGAAGAAAAUAGUGAUGUUCUACCAACCCUUAGAUUGAGCUAUCUAUAUCUCCCUUCACAUUUAAAGAGAUGUUUUGCCUAUUGUUCACUAUUCCCAAAAGAUUAUGAAUUUGAGGAACAAGAACUAGUCUUGUUAUGGAUGGCGGAAGGUUUGGUUCAAGAAUCAGAAAAGCAUAAGCCGAUGGAAGAUCUUGGUGUUGAGUAUUUUCGUGAUUUAUAUAAGCGAUCACUUUUUCAACAAUCAAGUAGGAAUAAAUCACUCUUUGUCAUGCACGACUUAAUCAAUGAUUUAGCUCAAUGGGCAGCGGGACAGUUGUGCUAUUGGUUGGAAGAUAAAUCAGGUGGCAAGAUUUCUACAAAGGUACGUCAUUUCUCCUACGCUCAUUGUGAAUAUGAUGGCAUCACAAAAUUUAAAGGCUUGACAAAAGAUAUGCGUUUACGGACCUUCCUACCGCUACCAACAAAGAACUGGAGCUACUUAACAAAUUAUGUUUCUAGUUGUCUAUUGCCACAGUUUAGAUGUUUAAGGGUAUUAUCUUUAUCUGGAUAUCAAAUUUUUGAGUUACCAAGUUCAAUCGGUGAUUUGAAACAUCUAAGAUACCUCAAUCUUUCUCAAACUUUGAUUAGAAGUUUACCAGAAUCAACAAGUUCUUUAUACAAUUUGCAAACAUUGAUAUUGAAAUAUUGUGAGAGACUCACAAAGUUACCGGAGAAAAUUGGGAAUCUAGUCAAUCUUCGGUAUCUUGAUAUUGAAGGGGUCCAUUUAAUCAAAGAGAUGCCAGUGGGAAUAAAAGAAUUAAAAAACCUACAAACAUUGUCUAAUUUUGUUGUGGGGAAAGAUACUGGAUCUAAGAUAGGAGACUUGAUGAACUUGGAGUCUCUUAAGGGAACACUUUGCAUUUCACACUUGGAGAAUGUGCUUGAUGUUGAGGAUGCAAGUCGGGCCAACUUACUUGGUAAGAAGAAUUUAAAUGUAUUAGUGGUGAAAUGGGAGUCCGAGCUUGAUCAAAGAGCCAGUCUAGAUAUUCUUGACAUGCUACAACCUUCGACAACGGUGAAAGAAAUUUCAAUUGAUGGCUAUGCUGGUGCAAAAUUCCCAACUUGGUUUGGACAUCCAUCAUUUUCUAAUAUGGUGCUUCUAAGGAUUGAGAGGUGCAGGAAAUGCACAUCCUUACCUGCAAUUGGACAAUUACCAUCCUUGAGAGACCUUGCCCUCGUAGGAUUGUCUGCUGUGGAAAUCAUUGGUCUUGAGUUUUAUGGGGAAGAUUGCCCAAAGCCUUUCCAAUCCUUAGAGACACUUUGCUUUGAGGAUAUGCAAGAAUGGAAAGAUUGGAUUCCAUGCAAAGUUGAAUAUGAAGAAUUCCCUCGGUUGCGUGAGCUUUCUAUUUCUAAAUGCCCUAAAUUGCAAGGAAAAUUGCCUCACCAUGUUCCAUUAUUGGAAAAAAUUUCUAUUAAUGGAUGUGAGCAAUUGGACGUUUCAAUUCCAAACUUCCCAAAGCUUCGUGCAUUAGAAAUUAAGGGAUGUAAAGGGGUGGUGAGCAGAAGUACAGAUGAGUUAUGCUUUCCAAAGUCAACUAUUCUUUCUAUUCCAUAUGUGAAAAGCUUGACGGAGGAGUUCAUGCAUGGGUUAGCUAAGGUGGAAAAUCUAGAGAUAGAUAAUUGUAAGGAGCUAACAUCUUUGUGGCAGGAUGAAUUCAUAUCCCUUAUAACGCUGGAUAUAAGAGAUUGCUCAAGCCUUGUCAACAUCAGCUUGACAUCUACUUUAAGGACACUAUAUAUUGUGGGUUGUAGUGGUUUGAAAUCCUUGUCAAUCUCUAAUUGUACAUGUUUGGAAACGGCAAGCAUUGGGGGAUGUAAUUCUUUGACGUUGAUUUCAAGAGGUCAGUUGCCUCAAAAUUUGAAAACGCUAUAUAUAAGAGAUUGUGAGAAUUUGCAGUUUUUGGCAGAUGAGGGAGAGGCUUCUUCUAAUUCUUCUUCUCUUCUUGAGUACUUGUAUAUUGACAGCUGUCCAUCUCUAAAAUGCUUAUCAUCAAGUGGCGGCCUACCCACCACGCUUAAACGCCUUCAGAUUUCGUCAUGCAUAGAGCUGACAUCAAAUAACGAGUUACCUACCUCGUCGGAGUCAAUAGCGAACAACUUACCCAACAAUGCGUCUCUUGAAUAUCUUCAAAUCAGAAAUUGUGCAAAGUUGAAAUCGUUACCGGUGGGCCUACACAAACUCUGCCCCUCAAUUAUAUCGAGAUACGGAACUGCCCUAGUUUUGUUUCCUUCCCAGAUGGAGGGUUACUCCCCACCAGCUUGAGAGUGCUUUCGAGAUAAAAAGGCUAUUGUCAAUUCUCUUUGUAUCAUCAAUUGUCCAAGCGUCAUAUACUUUCCAGAAGAGGGUUACCCCACCAGUCUAACAUCACUCUCAUUUGGCCGGGAGAAUAUCUGUAAGCAAGUAACUGUGUGGGGAUUGCACAGACUAACCUCUCUUACAUCACUCUGUAUUGAUGGUGGAAUUCCAGAUUGGCAGUCGUUUCCAGAUGAGCAAGAUGGGAAGCUGACGAUGACGCUUCCUUCCUCUCUUACCAAGCUAUCGAUUUGGAGCAUUCCAAAUAUAGUAAUUCUAUCUUCUUUGGGCUUUCAAAAUCUCUCUGCUCUUGAACUAUUGCACAUCGGAAAUUGCCCUAAACUCGCAUCCCUCCCAGAGAAGGGCCUACCUCCCUCGCUUCUGCAACUUCGUAUUUACGAGUGUCCAUUGCUGAAACAACACUGCAAGAAAGGCGGGCGAGAGUGGUCCAAGAUAGCCAACGUCCCUUGCGUUGAGAUUGAUGGGAGGUCUGUCUAUGCGGUGGAGGAGGAGCAGCCAUAAAAAAAUUGUAAAACAAAGAGCAAUAUUUACUGAUAAUAGUUACUCCUUCCUUCCAGUGUUGCAGCAGAGACUAGCUUUUGAACCGCUAAACGUUAUAUUGUAAUUUCAAAACAUGGAGCUGUGAUUUGAUGAUUGCGGGCUACAUAUCAUGUUCUGCGACCCGAUGAUCAGUGGAUGUGCACAAAAUGUCAUUUCAAACAAAUAUUGUGCCUUGCAUAGAUUAAUCAAAGCAUUGUCACCUGUGCUGCAGAUGGCAGGUAUUUCAUUACUCCACUCUUUGGGCUAUUUGGAAAGGCAGUGUUAUAGAGCCAUGCUUGAAGGAAAGUUUGGCUAUGCUUCUCAAGCUCUUAAUUAUUGCAAGCACAUGGUCACAAUCUGUCAAGAAGCAAUAGCUGGGAAUCAUUCCCUAACGUAGCUUUAAACCUCCAUUCUACAAUUGGAAACGAUUUGUUGAAUUUAAGAUCAGAUAGGGAACCGAAUUUCUGAUCAAUUCAUGGUGGCUGGUCCUCUUCUUGACCAGAACUUAAGGCUUUGUCUCUGACUCAGUAUCCAUGUUGAAGAGAAAAUGAAUUUCUUGAUGUGGUGAAUCUUGUUUGAUUUGCUGAAUACCACUAAUAGAUGAUAUUGCAAAUUGAAACCACGCUACCAGCAAAGUUGCAGAAUCAAUCAGAACCUUCUUAGACCAAUGAAAUUUAUUGGUUCUCCAAUGGUUAAGAAGAAGAGCUGGUUCAACAUAUUGAAGAGGUUCUUUAUAAGGGAGACAAACUCAAAACAAGAAACGGUAAAGAAAUUUGCUUAUUUGUUCAGUUUUGGUCUUUGAUUCUGCUCCUCACUGCUAGAACGAUUAUCUGGAAAGGAGAAGGAAAUGGAUUUUUGGAGGGCUUAAAAUCAAAAGGUUAUCCUCGCUCACUGCACCAUCAUCAUUAAAUGAAAGAAGUCUAGGUGAGGCUGAGGAAGAGCUGAUCAAGCAUGCUCUUGCUGUAGCCCAUGCUGCCACUGCUGCUGCUGAAGCAGCUGUUACAACUGCUCUAGUUGAUGCUGAGAUUGUCCAGUUCACCAACACUCCUCAAUAUAACCAUCAAUGUGUAAAUGAAUUGGAAGUGUUUUCAGUCAUUAGAGUACAAGGUGAAGCCCCUUAGUGCAACUAUCAAUGCAUGAGAGAGAAAUCCAUGAAUUUGCUGCCACCAGAAUUUAGUCUGCCUUUAGGGGUUUACCUUGUGAGUUUAAAGAAGGAGGAGCAGCAAUAAUUGUGCAAAACAUAGAGGAAAAAAGUUCAGAUAUUUACUCCUUCCAGAGACUAGCUUCUGAUUUGAUAAACCUUCUAUUGGAAUUUCAAAACAUGGAGGCUACAUAUUGUGUUCUGCAACACGAUGAUCACUGGAUGUGCACAAAAUGUCAUUUCAAACAAAUAUUGUGUCUUGCGUAGAUUGAUCAAAGCAUUGUCACCUGUGCUGCAAAUGGCAGUAUUGUAGAGCCAUGCUUGAAGGAAAGGCUAUCGAUGCUUCUCAAGCUCUUAAUUACUGCAAGCACAUGGCCACAUUCUUUCAAGAAGCAAUGGCUGGGAAUCAUUCCCUAAAUGCUUUAAACCUCUUGUCUAAAAUUGGAAAUGAUUUGUUGAAUUUAAGAUCAAAUAGGGAACCAAAUUUUGGAUUUUAGUUGAAGUUAGUAAAAAAAGGUAGAGUUGCGUGCAAGGUGUAAGCUAUAUUUGCAAUGAUCAAAUGAGGAACCAAAUUGUGGUACACUGUUUUAGUUUGUUGGCUAAAAAGAAAUCCAUGGUACUUCCUCAGGCAAGUCGUGAAAGCUCAACCCAUGCACUUAUUAAAGGUGUGGUAGCUGCAGUUAUAACUACUAGCAGAUCUGAGGUUUACAGCCUUUGUUGUGCACCACCAAGUUUGGAGAUUUGAGCAUACCAGAAGCCACUCUACCAACAAAGUUGCAGAAUCAAUCAGAACCUUCUUAGACCAAUGUAAUUUAUUGGUUCUCCAAUGGCUAAGAAGAAGAGCUGGUUCAACAUAGUAAGAGGUUCUUUAUAAGAGAGACAAACUCAAAACAAGAAAUGGAUAGGAGAAGGAAAUGGAUUUUUGGAGGGCUCAAGAUCAAAAGUUUAGCCUCACUUACUGCACCAUCAUCAUUAAAUGAAAGAAAUCUAGGUGAGGCUGAGGAAGAGCAGAUCAAGCAUGCUCUUGCUGUGGCCCAUGCCACCACUGCUGCUGCUGAAGCAGCUGUUACAACUGCUCUAGUUGCUGUUGAGAUUGUCUGGUUCACCAGCACCCCUCAAUAUAACCAUCAAUGUGUAAAUGAAGUGGAAGGUUCAGUCAUUAGAGUUCAAGGUGAAGCCCCUCAGUCCAACUAUCAAUGCGUGAGAGAAUGCUACCAUUAGAAUUCAGUCUGCCUUUUGAGGUUACCUUUUGUGUUUAAUGAAGGCAAGGAAAGCUUUGCGGGGAAAAGGAAUUAUGAGGCAGAGCUGUAAGAUGCCAAACCAUAACUACCCUAAAGCUCUUGCAGUCCAUUGUAAUUAUUCAGUCACAAGGGUGCACAAGAAUAUUUGGAAUGGUGGAAGGCACUUGGAAUUAUGUUGGAAGUGAACAAUCGCAGAAUUGGAAAGACAAGAUGACAAGGAAACCACCCUACCAGCGAAGUUGCAGAAUCAAUCAGAACGUUCUUAGACCAAUGUAAUUUAUUGGUUCUCCAAUGGCUAAGAAGAAGAGCUGGUUCAACAUAGUGCAGAGGUUCAUUAUAAGAGAGACAAACUCUAAACAAGAAAUGGAUUUUUGGAGGGCUUAAGAU